AUGUUGGAAGAUGUCCGGCAAGAUCACUCGGACGUGCAAGAGCAACUGAAGCAAAGCACUUUGCUUGUCGACAGCCUCAAGCGCUGGCUGGUCAAACCGACUCGCGAAGUCGCUGGUCAUCUGCUCAGCAAGAUCAUGGAGCCAAGAACAGGUCAGAGCCGAGCACCACUGAAGGCACCCAUCCAGGAAAUCAAAGCAGUGCAGGCUGAGCAGUCUGACCUUCCGCGCUUCUUCAAUCAGCUAGUGCAGGUGGUGCACGAGUUCUUGGAUCGGGCGCACGCCGAGAUGCCCGAUGCCAGGCUCGUGAAGAUCACCAGCGAAGCCACCCACAAAGACUUCAGCGAUCAGGGCAAGUUGCUACACGACAAGGAUUUCCUGCGGUCCAACUGCCGCGUCGCCACCGCCGAACCUGUCAAAGACGACAGGCAAAAGAAGAAGGAUGAGGAAAGAGAUCAGGAGGAGGAAAAGAGAGGAGUCAUCGAGUUUGCGACGGACAGGGAGCGCGUGAAAAAGGAGGCUGCCGACAGAGACCAGCGUUUCCCGCGAGCAAAGGUGGCGGCGAGGGGUCGAGCUCGAAACUGA